AUGGCAGCCCUGCUCAGACGGUCCCUGCUCGAGGAGUGCCCCCGGUUGCUGCUGCCUGCCCUGGCGCGCAGCUAUGCAGCUGGACCAGGCGCCGCGCGGCUGGGCAUACCAGGGGUGCAACACAUCAUCGCCGUGGCCAGCGGCAAGGGCGGCGUUGGCAAGUCGACCACAGCGGUCAACCUGGCUGUGGCGCUGGCUCAGCGGCUGGGCCUCAGGGUGGGCCUGCUGGAUGCCGACGUGUACGGCCCCAGCAUACCGCGCAUGAUGUGCCUGUCGGGCAAGCCGCGCGUGGACGAAGACGAGAAGAUGAUCCCGCUGAUCAACCACGGCGUGGCAUGCAUGUCCAUGGGGUUCCUGAUGGAGGAGGAUGUGGCGGCGGUGUGGCGCGGUCCCAUGGUCAUGUCUGCCCUGGAGACCUUCAUGCACCGGGUGCGGUGGGCGCCGCUGGACGUGCUGGUCAUUGACAUGCCGCCAGGCACAGGCGACGCGCAGCUGAGCAUCAGCCAGCGGCUGCGCCUCUCGGGCGCCGUCAUCGUGUCCACGCCGCAGGCCACGCUGCUGGAUGCGCGGCGCGGCUGCACCAUGUUCCGCAAGGUCAACGUGCCCAUCCUGGGCAUUGUGGAGAAUAUGUCUUGGUUCAUCUGCGGCGCGUGCGGCCACGAGAGCCACCCCUUUGGCAGCGGCGGCGCGGAGAAGGCGGCCGCCGACUUGGACAUGGAGGUGCUGGGCAAGAUCCCGCUCAACAUUGCCAUCCGGGAGACGUCGGAUGUGGGCGCCCCCAUCGUCGCCACCCAGCCCGACAGCUCGGCGGCGGCGGCGUAUGUGUCCGUGGCGGAGCGGGUGUGGCAGAAGCUGCAGCAGGCGGAGGGCGGCGGGGAGGGGCAGGGCCAGCGGCACGGGCCGCCCAAGAUCGUGAUGGAGUAG